AUGUUUGCUCGCUCGCUCUCUCUCUCUCUCUCUCUCUCUCUCUCUCUCUCUUUCAGAUACUCUAAGCUUUCUAUCUAUUUCUUUUCUCAGUUCUCAUUUUAUGCCUUCGCAUAUGUUCUCUUUCUCUCGCUUUCUAUUUAUCUAGCUAUCUGUCCCCCUCUAUAUCUAUCUAUCUACUUGUUCCUCUCUCUAUUUUUUCUUUUAUUUAUUCUUUGCAGUUUUCUAAUUUUUUUUUUCUUAGACUUUAUCUUCUGCUUCUUUAUAAAAAAUUUUGCUUCUUUUUUUUUAACCUUUUAUUUUUUUUUUCCAGCUUUUCCAUUAGCAUUCUUUUUUUCCUCAUUUUCUUUUGUGAAUUCUGCUUUCAUUCACACUUUCUUUCAUUAUUUAACUCUUUCUAAAUAUAAUUUUUUUCUUUCUGUUGAAUAUUAUUUAUCCAUUUCUUUACUUUCUUUCUAUUCUUUCUUUUUUUUCUUCCACAAAUUUAUCUAUUUCUUUAAUUCUUACUUCUUUUAUUCCUCCAUUUUUUUCUUCUACCUUUCUGUCUUUCUAUAUUCAGUUAUUUUUUUACAUGUUAUUUAUCCAUUUCUUUUCUUAAUGUUUCUUUUUCCUCUAAUUCUUUCUUUCUUUCCCUUUUUCCAUAUCAUUAAAUUUCGCUUUUUUUCUUUUAUUCAACCAGUUUUCUUUAUUGUUCUUUCUCUUUCUUACUUUCUCUUUCUUUCUUUUUUCUCUUUUUUCCUUCUUACAUUUCUCUCUUUCUCUUUAUUUAGUGCUUUUUUUCUUUUAUUCAUCCAGUUUUCUUUCUUUAUCAUUCGUUUUCUUUCUCCCUUUCUCUUUCUCCCUUACUUUUUUCUCUUUCUUUCUUAUAUUUUUAUCUCUAUUUUAUGCUUCUUUCUUUUAUUUCUCCAGUUUUCUUUCUUUCUUCAUCUUUCUUUCUUUCUGUUUGCUUCCUUUUUAAACAUUACUGGUGUUUCCAUUUCUUACUUUUUUUCCCUCCACUUAUUGUAUCAAUCUUUCUUUCACUUCUACAACUACUUCUUUAAUUUUUUUCUCCCUAAUUUCCAUUGGAGUCUUUCAUUUAUUUAUACUUCCAAUCUUUCCCUCCAUCCAAUUUUUCCUUCCCAAACUGUUUUUCCUUUUCCUACUUGUCUACAAGUCUAUUUUCCAGUCUGUCUGUCUGUCUGUCUGUCCUGUCCUGUCCUGGCCAGAUGGGCUCCUACAAGAGCACUUCAAUCCUUGUCUCCUUUCCCCUGA